AUGCUCUCAAUCGCGCUACUGUCACUGCGGACAUGUCCGCUCAAUGUGUCAAACGCCAUCAAACAGCGUUUCGCCCAGACACAAGAAAACGUGGAUAUUCUAUACCAGCUUUUUAGUGAAGCCCUCAAAUUCAAAAUUUACUGCGAGCGCAAUAUGAAUUCCAUUAUCUCUGUUUCACAGCAAUAUCUAUGGUCUUCAAAGCCAGAUGCACGUAAAUUCGGUGCAAAAUUGUUCAAAGAACUUUUUGUAGCUAUACCAAAACGAAGAGAGAUGACCAUGAGAGCAAUGUUGACACAUGCAGUACAAUCGGACAUGGAAUCAGAAGCUGUGCUCAUUGAGCUCACCACCCUUAUUGAUGAAAGUCCCGAAGCAGUGGAACCGUUCAUAAGGCUCAUAUCGGAAUAUUUCUUCGUUCUCGAACGCAUGUCAGUUGACAAUGUCAAAAGACUUUUUCGCGCAGUUUUUCGCCUAUAUGCUGCUAGGCCAUCGACUAUGUCGCAUAAGGAUAAUCUAAUCACAAUGAUUCCAUUGUGA